GCAGGCACCUUGGCGGCAACACAAUGGCGACACCCUUACUCCAUCUCCAGUUUCCAUCUCUCUCUACUUCGCCCUUCUCUUCUCCCUCUCGUUAAAUCCUUCGAUCCCUUCUCCUUCUCCAAAACUGAAUCCUUUCUCCGUUUCUCAUUCAAAGGCGUCACCUUUCUUCUCACCACUGUCCGCCAUGGGUUCCCUCUCCGAUCCCUUUCCUCCUCUUCUCUACCCUGCAGCCCGCCGCGACGACUCCAUUAUCGACUACUACCACGGCGUCCUCAUCCCCGACCCUUAUCGAUGGCUGGAAGACCUCGAAUCGCCGGAGACGAAGGCGUUCAUGGAAGCGCAGGGGGCGGUUACUGAUUCGGUGUUGACUGAGUGCGGCGAAUGGGAGAAGCUGCAUUGUUCCAUCACUGCUCUGUUUGAUCAUGAGAGGUAUGAGGCGCCAUUUAAGCGGGGAGAGAAGUACUUCUACUUUCAUAACAGCGGUCUUCAGCCACAGAGCGUUCUGUUCGUCCAGAAUAGCUUGGAUUCGGAGCCGGAGGUAUUGCUGGAUCCCAACGGGCUUAGUGAGGAUGGGACUGUGGCUCUGUGCGUUGCAGCGGUUAGUAGAGAUGGUGAGCAUCUGGCUUAUGGGAUUAGUUCGAAUGGGAGCGAUUGGGUUACGAUCAAAGUAAUGAUUGAUGGCAGGAAGACAGAAUCAGUUUCGAUUUCAUGGGUUAAAUUUUCGACCGUUAGCUGGACCGCAGAUGGGAAGGGGUUCUUCUAUAGUAGAUAUCCUGCUUCAAAAGAAAGGGAUAAUGUGGAUUCUGAAAUGGAGACUAGCAUCAAUCUAAAUCAUCAGCUCUAUUACCAUUUUUUGGGCACAGAUCAGUCGGAGGAUUUAUUGUGCUGGGAGGACUCGGAGAAUCCUGAGUACAGAUUUAGAGCAACGGUUACUGAAGAUGGGAAGUAUAUUAUUUUAUACAUCUUUGAAGGCUGUGAUCCAGUAAACAAGCUAUACUACUACGAUUUAUCUGCACUUUCUACUGGACUUGAAGGCCUGAAGGGAACCAAAGGCUUACUUCCCUUCAUCAAGUUGGUCAAUACUUUCGAAGCACGAUACUCGGUCAUUGCGAACGAUGACUCCGAAUUCACAUUUUUAACAAAUAAGGAAGCUCCAAAAUAUAAAUUAAUACGCCUAAAUCUCACUAAACCUGAUGUAUGGACUGAUAUUUUACAAGAAGAUCAGAAGGAUGUGUUACAGUAUGCCUAUGCUGUUAAUGGGGACCAGCUUUUGGUUUGUUAUCUCAGCAAUGUUAAGCAUAUCUUGCAGAUAAGAGACUUAAAAACUGGUCUUUUGCUGCAUAAUUUACCUUUAGAUAUUGGUUCUGUCACUGAGGUCUCAGGAAGGCGUGAAGAUACUCAGAUUUUCAUCAGUUUCAGUAGCUUUCUUACACCAGGAAUUAUUUAUAAGUGUGAUUUGACGUCUGUUGUUCCUGAAAUAAAGAUAUUCAGAGAAGUUUUGGUUCCGGGAUUUGAUAGAGGAGAGUUUUUAAUUGAACAGGUUUUCUUCCCCAGUAAAGAUGGGACUAAGAUACCGAUGUUCAUUGUUUCGAAAAAGCACAUCACCUUAGAUGGAUCUCACCCAACCUUGCUGUAUGGUUAUGGGGGUUUUAACUUUAGCUUGACACCAUAUUUUAGUGUUAAUAGGAUUGUUCUUGCAAGGAAUCUCGGUUUCGUGUUUUGUAUAGCGAAUAUUCGUGGUGGCGGAGAGUAUGGGCAAGAAUGGCAUAAAUCAGGCUCACUUUCGAAGAAACAGAACUGUUUUGAUGACUUUAUAGCUGCAUCUGAGUUCCUCAUUUCAGCUGGAUACACUAAUUCAAGUAGACUGUGUAUAGAAGGUGGGAGCAAUGGUGGAUUGCUAGUUGCAGCAUGCAUAAAUCAGAGGCCUGAUCUCUUUGGAUGUGCCCUUGCUCAUGUCGGUGUAAUGGAUAUGCUUCGUUUUCACAAGUUCACUAUAGGUCAUUCUUGGACAUCUGAAUUUGGCUGUUCAGAUAAGGAGGAAGAAUUCCACUGGCUUGUUAGAUACUCGCCCUUACACAAUGUGGAGAGGCCAUGGCAAAAGACUUUCGAUGGAUCGAUUCAAUAUCCAUCUACUAUGCUAUUGACAGCAGAUCAUGACGACCGUGUCGUUCCAUCACACUCAUUUAAAUUAUUAGCAACAAUGCAGUACAUUCUUUGUUUGAGCAUGGAGAAAAGCCCACAGAAAAAUCCCAUCAUUGCCCGCAUUGAUCGCAAGGCCGGGCAUGGAGCCGGUCAUCCAACUCAAAAAAUGAUUGACGAAGCUGCCGACCGUUAUGGCUUUGUUGCAAAGAUGAUGGGACUCUCUUGGAACCAGUAAUUCUAGGUUGGAAAGAAGUUGAGAACUCGUUAAAAAAUAAAAUUAUAUUUCUUACAGACAAUAGGGUUCCAUGUUUUGCAUUGGGGAUAUAUAUUUGGAAGCUAAUUUAGUGGUCGCAAUUCUGAAAAAAAAAAAAUGAAUGACGUGUUGCAAUUUCAUAUAUCUGAAGUGCUCGGAUAUAUUGGCUGCUGAUCAUA